AAAUAUAGGCAAAAAUAAUCAAGAUCACACCAUACAUUUAUUUGUGUGAGUAGAUGAUUGGAGAGACAAGUUAUGGGUGAGAACAACAUGUGUACACCAUCCUCACCCCACUGGUGGUGACCUACAGCUGUACGGCUUUAAGAUGAAGUCAUUUGAUAUAUCGGCUUUCUUCUUGAAGCAAAUUGCUAGUGAUGAUGACAUGUCACCAGCUAUUGCAGCCAUGAAAGCACUGAUGGAGUCAUUACGACUGGAUGAUUCAACAACAUUACAGGAGUUUAUUGAGAAAAUGAAAGAUGCACGAGAAGCUCUGAGUAAGACGGAUGUGUCGGUGGUGUCCGUGUCAUCCGGAUGUGAACUUUUUUUGCGUUUCAUCACUUUGUCGCAUAAGGAAUUAGAGCAGGCUGCGGAUUUUGCCUCAUGUCGAGAAAUUCUUUUGAGGCGUGGGGAAGAUUUUAUCAAAAGUAUGCAAGAGAGUCGCAGAAAGAUAUUACGCUCGAGUAAUAAUUUGAUUAAAGAUGGAAUGGUGAUUCUUACUCAUUCAAGAUCACGAAAUGUUUUGGCAGUUAUGACAGAGGCAGCCAGACAAGGCAGACAGUUUACUGUUUUUGUUACAGAAUCACAACCAGAUUGUUCAGGGCACAGAGUUGCAGAUGAUUUAAGAGCAGUUGGAAUACCUUGUACAGUGAUCUUGGAUGCAGCUGUGGGUUAUAUCAUGGAACGAGUCAGUGCUGUUAUGGUAGGAGCCGAGGGAGUUUGUGAGAAUGGAGGGAUUCUCAAUAAGAUUGGGAGCUGUACUCUUGCAACAUUGGCUCACAUGAAGAACAAACCAGUCUAUGUAUUGGUGGAGAGCUACAAGUUUAUUCGUACAAUUCCUCUCAAUAACUCCUCCCUUCCCAAAAUUUAUCUGCAUCGUGCAUCUGUCCUGAAUUCUGGCAGUGACCUCAUACGUGAGCAUCCUCUGGUUGACUACACACCGCCAGAAAACUUGACACUACUUUAUACCGACCUUGGGGUGUUGCCCACUUCAGCUAUCACCGAGCACCUCAUCAAAUUGUAUACAUAGGACAAAAGUAUUUACUGUAUUGAGGAAAAAAUAAAAAAAGCAUAGUGUUGAUUAAAAAAUAAUGUUUUAAUGAUAAGAAGCUUACCUUGCAUUCAUGUAAAGUAGAAUUAUAUAAUGUACUGCUGGGUAAUGGAAAGAAUGUGAGGGAUUCUAUGUUUUUUAUUAUGGAAAUUAAAGUCUCUUCAUUUGA